UACUAUAAAUAAUAUAUUUUGCAGUAAGGAAAGUGGACGGAAGGCAAAUGGAUAUUCUUGGAUUCAUUACCGUACCAGGAUGGGUUCUGACAGUAAUCAUCGUUCUCAUUACUUUAUAUUUGUAUUCGUUAUGGUAUCAAAGCCUUUGGAGGCGAUUGGGUAUUCCAGGACCGAAACCGAUACCUUUCCUGGGCGUCCUACCUCUUUAUAUGAAGCAUGGAAUAGCAAAAGGAGACCUACAAUUAGUUAAAACGUAUGGAUCUGUUGUGGGAAUAUAUCAAGGUCACUUGCCAAUUUUGUUAGUAUCUGAUCCAGAAAUGUUGAAGGAGAUUUUCAUUAAAGACUUCUCAAAUUUUACAAAUAGAUCGAUUCCAUUUAAAAUGGCCAAAGAGAAUGCUUGUGGUGUUGGUGCUGCCUAUGAUAAUCAUUGGAAAUUUCUCCGCAGUACAAUAUCCCCUACCUUUUCAUCCGGGAAAUUAAAACUGAUGGUCCCAAAAAUACAAAGGUGUUGCACUGAUCUUGUUGAAAACAUUGAACAACACAGUGAACAAGGAGAACUAGUUGACAUGAAAGAAGUAUGUGGAGCUUACACCAUGGAUGUCAUUGCUAGUACUGCCUUUGGUAUAGACGUUAACUCAAAGAAAGAUCCAAAUAACGCAUUCGUAAAGCACGCAAAACAAGCAGCUCUUGGACUGAUAUUUAAACCUCAACUUCUUAUCAUAAUGAUGUUUCCGUUUGUGAAAAAUUGGUUCACGGUGCGUUUUGCGGGUAAAGAAGUUGGAGAGUUCUUUAAAUCGGUUGUAGAUUCUGCAAUUGAAAUAAGAAAAAAAGGACAAGAGGUUUACAACGAUUUUCUGCAGCUGAUGGUAACAGCUCGCCGUGAUGAAAAUCCGUCUGCGUACUUUACGACAGGUGAUCUGAAAGAGUUCAAAAACAGAGGAUUAAACAAUAUGGAAUUGAUAGAAAAUGCUGUGACUUUUUUCAUUGCUGGUUAUGACACAACAGCUAAUACCUUAUCCUUUGCCUGUUAUUGUCUAGCAACUAACCAAGAUGUCCAAGACAAAUGUAUCGAGGAAAUAGAUAAUGUUCUUCAUGGUGAAAAACCACAGAUGGAAGACAUUUCCAAACUAGAAUAUUUGGACAGAUUUUUCAAUGAGGUACUUCGUCUCUAUGGUGCAGCAACAAGAUUUCAACGAGAAGGAAAGCAGGACGUAACAGUUAAAGGUGUUUAUAUUCCUAAAGAUGUUGACAUCUCUGUACCUGUGUAUGCCUUACACAGAAAUCCUCUUUACUGGCCAGAUCCGGAAAAAUUUGACCCUGACAGAUUCACUGCAGAGAAUAAAGCAAAAAGACCAGAGUAUGCAUUUGUUCCAUUUGGAAUAGGUCCAAGGAUAUGUAUUGGAAUGCGAUUGGCAUUAUUAGAAGCUAAAAUGGCGUUAAUGUUUAUGCUACAGACGUUUACUUUUUCGCCUUGUAACAAGACAGAGAUACCCGUUGAAAUUGAAUCUGGAGGAAUAAUUCGUGCCAAGAAUGGUAUUCCAUUGAAAAUAAACAAAAGAUAGGAACUUUACACUGGAUAAUUUUCAAUCAAGAUUUCAUAUACACUUAAAUGGUUUUAAUCUAUGAACAGUGGUAUGUAGGAAGUAACAUUUGACGUUAUUCUACACUACGAAGCGAAUAGACUUGUAUUAUAUAGACAAUAAUCUUGUUUGUGGAUAUGUACCAUUUAUCCACAAUUGUAUUCUUUUCCCAUAUUGAUGACAUUAUCGAAUCGAACGCGCCCGAGAGUCGCCCUAUGCCACUGGUGAAAGGGACAAUGCGCAUCCUUUCUGAGCUUCGGAGUUCAUCGGUUUAUUCUUUAGUUUUCAUUGUAAUGUUUUUGGACUGUGCUUUUGUUUGGUCAUGGUAUUUAAUGUCUUUCUUCGACUUACUGUUUUCGCCCUUAGUAGAUUCUCUGAUGAACAGUCUUGUGUAGAUGAAACGCGCGUCUGACGUGCCAAAUUAUAAGCCUGGCAUCUUUGAUGAUUUAUUUUAGAUUGCAUGUAUUAUAUUUUGUUAACACAAAUAAAUGACUAAACAAUCGAUUUUAAAAAAAAUUCUACUCAUUUAAUUCAACAUAUAAAGCACCUAUAAAAGGUUAUAAAAGGACGCGAAGAAAAAAAGGAAGCAAUCAAAAACCACUGAAAGUCUUGGUACUUUUAAAAGAAAAUAAGUAGAUUUUUUUAUUGUAAGUAAUAUGUGACAACUCUCUUUUGUCUUUUUAAUGUUUGUGUAGUAUGCAUUGUGUUUUUAUACGCCCGUUUACGGGACGUAUUAUGGUAUACCGUUGUCCGUCUGUCCGUCUGUCCGUCCGUCCGUCUGUCCGUCCGUCGUCAACAUGUCGGACAUUAACUCAUAAACGCUUUAACCAAUUUGCAUAAAACUUUGGUGAUGUUUAUAUCUAUUGACGUGAGCUCCCUUUCGUUUUUUAUAAAUUUUGAAUUCUACGUUUCUGAGUUAUGGGGUUUUAUUCAUUAAAAAAAGGGGCAUUUCCAGUUUUCGGACAAUAACUCAAGAAUGCUUUCACCAACUUGCAAGAAAUUGUGGUGAAUUGUUUAUAUCUAUUGUCAUGAGCUCCCUUUUGAUUUUUAUAAAUUUUAGAUUUUACGUUUCCGAGUUACAGGGUUUUAUUCAUAAAAAAGGGGGAUUUUCCAGUUUUCUGACAAAAACUCAAAACUGCUUUCAGCAUUUCUUAUGAAACUAUGGUGAAUUGUUUAUAUCUAUUUAAGUAAGCUCCCUUUAGAAUUUUAUAAAUUUUACAUUUUACAUUUCUGAGUUAUGGGGUUUUAUUCAUUAAAAAAGGGGGGAUUUUCCAGUUUUCGGACAAUAACUCAAAAAUGCUGUCAGCAAUUCUCAUGAAACUUUGGUGAAUUGUUUAUAUCUAUUGAUGUAAGCUCCCUUUUGAUUUUCAUAAAUUUCUAAUAUGACAUUGAGAAUUAAUUGAACUUUAUUUGUUUAUAGUCUGACAACAGAUUUACUAAGUAUUGCGCAACAGCACAGUGUAUUGCACAACAGCAAGAAAUUUUUAAUUGAAUAUAAAUUCAAUUCAUAUAAACAAUUUCAAGUUCUUUGACUACAUUUAUUCAGAAACCUGUAAUAUGUCAAAUAUUUAAUUACAAUCCAAAUUCAGACCUGUAUCAAGCUUGAAUAUUGUGUCCAUUUUUGCCCCAACUGUUCAGGGUUGGACCUCUGCGGGCGUAUCCAGCUGCGCUCAGCGAAGCAGUUUAUUUUGUCUGUUUUACAGAUAAUUUUUUAACGUAAAUGCUUGUAUUAUGUGUUUAAUAAACAGUAGUAUACCGCU